AUGGACCCUGGUUUUCCAACAGAGUCUGACUCUAAAGAAGACAAACGACUCUCAGUCAUGUCCGAAGGAUCCACUCUGUCCAGUGUUAAAGGCUUCACUAAAACUGUCCGGUCAGAAGGAUCCACUCUGUCCAGUGUUAAAGGCCGCACUAAAACUGUCCCGUCAGAAGGAUCCACUCUGCCCAGUGUUAAAGGCUUCACUAAAACUGUCCCGUCAGAAGGAUCCACUCUGCCCAGUGUUAAAGGCCGCACUAAAACUGUCCCGUCAGAAGGAUCCACUCUGCCCAGUGUUAAAGGCUGCACUAAAACUGUCCCGUCAGAAGGAUCCACUCUGCCCAGUGUUAAAGGCCGCACUAAAACUGUCCCGUCAGAAGGAUCCACUCUGUCCAGUGUUAAAGGCCGCACUAAAACUGUCCCGUCAGAAGGAUCCACUCUGUCCAGUGUUAAAGGCUGCACUAAAACUGUCCCGUCAGAAGGAUCCACUCUGCCCAGUGUUAAAGGCCGCACUAAAACUGUCCCGUCAGAAGGAUCCACUCUGUCCAGUGUUAAAGGCUUCACUAAAACUGUCCGGUCAGAAGGAUCCACUCUGUCCAGUGUUAAAGGCCGAACUAAAACUGUCCGGUCAGAAGGAUCCAUUCUGCCCAGUGUUAAAGGCUUCACUAAAACUGUCCCGUCAGAAGGAUCCACUCUGCCCAGUGUUAAAGGCCGCACUAAAACUGUCCCGUCAGAAGGAUCCACUCUGCCCAGUGUUAAAGGCUGCACUAAAACUGUCCCGUCAGAAGGAUCCACUCUGCCCAGUGUUAAAGGCCGAACUAAAACUGUCCCGUCAGAAGGAUCCACUCUGUCCAGUGUUAAAGGCCGCACUGAAACACAAACUAACAAACUCCAAGGGUACUCCCGGAAGAACACACCUCAGGGUACUCCCGGGAGAACACACCUCAGGGUACUCCCGGAAGAACACACCUCAGGGUACUCCCGGGAGAACACACCUCAGGGUACUCCCGGGAGAACACACCUCAGGGUACUCCCGGGAGAACACACCUCAGGAUACUCCCGGGAGAACACACCUCAGGGUACUCCCGGAGAACACACCUCAGGGUACACCCGGAGAACACACCUCAGGGUACACCCGGGAGAACACACCUCAGGGUACACCCGGGAGAACACACCUCAGGGUACACCCGGGAGAACACACCUCAGGGUACACCCGGGAACACACCUCAGGGUACUCCCGGAGAACACACCUCAGGGUACACCCGGGAGAACACACCUCAGGGUACUCCCGGGAGAACACACCUCAGGAUACUCCCGGGAGAACACACCUCAGGGUACUCCCGGAGAACACACCUCAGGGUACAACCGGAGAACACACCUCAGGGUACACCCGGGAGAACACACCUCAGGGUACACCCGGGAGAACACACCUCAGGGUACACCCGGGAGAACACACCUCAGGGUACACCCGGGAACACACCUCAGGGUACACACACUGGGACACACCUCAGGGUACACCCGGGAGAACACACCUCAGGGUACACCCGGGAGAACACACCUCAGGGUACUCCCGGGAGAAACACACCUCAGGGUACUCCCGGAGAAACACACCUCAGGGUACACCCGGGAGAACACACCUCAGGGUACACCCGGGUACACCCGGGAGAACACACCUCAGGGUACACCCGGGAGAACACACCUCAGGGUACACCCCGGAGAACACACCUCAGGGUACACCCGGGAGAACACACCUCAGGGUACACCCGGGAGAACACACCUCAGGGUACACCCGGGAGAACACACCUCAGGGUACACCCGGGAAAACACACCUCAGGGUACUCCCGGAGAACACACCUCAGGGUACACCCGGGAGAAACACACCUCAGGGUACUCCCGGGAGAACACACCUCAGGGUACUCCCGGAGAACACACCUCAGGGUACACCCGGGAGAACACACCUCAGGGUACACCCGGAGAACACACCUCAGGGUACACCCGGGAGAACACACCUCAGGGUACUCCCGGAGAACACACCUCAGGGUACACCCGGGAACACACCUCAGGGUACUCCCGGGAGAACACACCUCAGGGUACUCCCGGAGAACACACCUCAGGGUACUCCCGGGGUACACCUCCACAGAGAUGCCUAACCACACUAACGUAUGAGCAGCUGAUUGUGGACGCAGCCUGUGGUCAGUCCCAGGACCAUCACAUCCCAUAA